AUGGAGAAAGAAAAGAAGAAGUACCCGAUUGGGGUAGAACAUUACACUCUGUAUGAAGAGGUUGGGACAGGUGUUAGCGCCUCUGUUCAUCGCGCGCUCUGUUGUCCGCUUAAUGAGAUUGUAGCGAUCAAAAUUCUAGAUUUCGAACGCGACAAUUGCGAUCUGAAUAAUGUUUCACGGGAAGCACAAACAAUGGUCUUGGUUGACCAUCCGAAUGUUCUUAAAUCUCACUGCUCCUUUGUUAGUGAUCAUAAUUUGUGGUUCGUAAUGCCUUACAUGGCUGGAGGCUCUUGUCUACACAUAUUGAAGGCUGUACAUCCAGAUGGUUUUGAGGAGGUUGUUAUUGCUUCAAUUUUGCGUGAGGUGUUGAAAGGCUUGGACUAUCUUCAUCAGCAUGGCCACAUUCAUCGGGAUGUCAAAGCUGGAAAUAUCCUAAUUGACUCACGUGGUGCAAUCAAACUGGGGGAUUUUGGCGUUUCUGCUUGCUUGUUUGACUCAGGUGACAGGCAACGCAUGAGGAAUACGUUUGUAGGCACUCCUUGCUGGAUGGCGCCUGAGGUUAUGGAGCAAUUACACGGAUAUGAUUUCAAAGCCGAUAUUUGGUCUUUUGGUAUAACUGCAUUGGAGCUUGCGCAUGGCCAUGCUCCUUUCUCAAAGUAUCCUCCAAUGAAGGUAUUGCUUAUGACCUUGCAAAAUGCACCUCCUGGUCUUGAUUAUGAGAGUGAUAAAAAGUUUUCGAAGUCUUUUAAGCAGAUGAUUGCUAGUUGUUUGGUGAAAGAUCCCUUAAAAAGACCUUCAGCAAAAAAGUUGUUAAGGCAUUCCUUUUUCAAGCAAGCAAGAUCAACUGAUUAUAUUGCCAGAACUCUUCUAGAGGGGUUGCCAGCUCUUGGUGAUCGUCUCCUGGCACUGAAGAGAAAGGAAGAAGAUAUGCUUGCACAGAAAAAAAUUCCAGAUGGGCAGAAAGAGGAAAUAUCACAGAAUGAAUAUAAACGUGGGAUUAGUGGUUGGAACUUCAACCUUGACGAUAUGAAGGCUCAAGCUUCAUUGAUCCAAGACGAUGAUAUACCAGAAAAAGAUGAAGAUAUGCAAGGUAAACAACUCCAGCAUCAAUCAUCUUCAUCCAAACAAUUUCGACAGCUUCAAUAUCAGCUGUCGUCUGCAAGUCAAUAUUCAGAUAUUGUAGAUUUGGAUGAUAAUGGUCACUCUGCUUCUUUCUCAUCAGCCGACUCCACUGCUAACAUAGCUAAAUGUGAAAAGUCCAAUGGGGAUGUAAGCAUUUCUGGUUCGACAAGUGAGCAGCAAACAUCUAAUAUAAUUUCUCCUGGAAAAGAGAACCGCGUGGAAAAUAAUUUGUCAGAAAACUCUGAGGCUGCGGUUAUUGGAAAAUCAUCAGAUGGAGCCCCUAUACAUUAUCAUCAGAGCGAUAAACUGCAAAAUCAGCCCCAGAAUUCGUCGAGCUGCAACGGGGCUUUCAUUCCACAAACAGUAGAUGAUGCCCUUCCGGAAUUAAUUUCCAAAGGUUCAAGAAUAUCAGCAAAUGGUGAAGAACUUGAAGAGAAGGUGAAGCCAGUUGUUCAGCAAAAAGGCCGCUUCAAGGUUACCUCAGAGAACGUUGAGGCGGUUGGAGCUCCAAUGCUACAGAAAAGCCACAGCAUGCAGGUGAUUUCUCAACAUCCUGCUAUUUCCCCACCACUGCCUUCUGAUUCUAGACCAUCAAGUUCUGUUGGCCAUGCCUUUUUUCCUACGCUGCAGUCGGUUCUGCAAACGAAUAUUCUUCAAAGGGAUUGUAUCCUUAGUCUAAUGAAGCAAGUGUCCGUCUUGGAUUCUACAGACGUAGGAUGCACCUCGACAAACAUAUCCUGCAUGGAAAAAUCCUUGUUGGAGGCAGCUCAAGAUAGGGAGAAGGAUUUACUUCGUGAAGUAACUGAUUUACAGUGGAGGUUGAUAUGUGCACAAGAAGAGGCCCAAAAAUAUAAAACAGAGAAUGCUCAGCUAAACUCUUAA